UGCUGGCAGUAGGGCACGCGCGGCCUUCUCAUUGGCCCGCAAGACACCCGCUCCAGACCCGGAGACGCAGACACGGGCCACGGGGCUGCCAGAGUCGAGCGCAGGGAAGAGCUCGCCGCCGCCCGGUCACUGGCUGGCCGGGAUCCGGGCAGGCCGCGAGAAACUCGCUUCACAAUACCUAAGACCUCAAGAGAGACAAAGGGUCAAGUACCUCACUCCACCUUAUCUAAGAACAGCAAGACAGUCAUCAGGACAAGAGUGAAUAUAUGAAGGAGGAAGUGGGGGAAUCUGCUGAAGAUGAGGCGACUGAAUCGGAAGAAGACCCUGAAUUUGGUGAAAGAGUUGGAUGCCUUUCCAAAGGUUCCUGAGAGCUAUGUAGAGACUUCAACAAGUGGUGGAACAGUUUCUUUAAUAGCAUUUACAGCUAUGGCUUUAUUAACCAUAAUGGAGUUUAUGGUGUAUCGAGACACGUGGAUGAAAUAUGAAUAUGAAGUAGACAAGGAUUUUACUAGUAAAUUAAGAAUCAAUAUAGAUAUUACUGUUGCCAUGAAGUGUCAAUACGUGGGGGCUGAUGUUUUGGAUUUAGCAGAAACAAUGGUUGCCUCUGCAGAUGGUUUAGUUUAUGAACCAGUAAUAUUUGAUCUCACUCCCCAGCAAAGAGAGUGGCAGAGGAUGCUGCAGUUAAUUCAGAGUAGGCUGCAGGAAGAACACUCCCUUCAAGAUGUGAUAUUCAAAAGUGCUUUUAAAAGUGCUUCAACAGCACUGCCACCAAGGGAGGAUAAUUCAUUACUGCCUCCAGAUGCAUGCAGAAUUCAUGGUCAUCUAUAUGUCAAUAAAGUGGCAGGAAACUUUCACAUAACUGUGGGCAAGGCAAUUCCUCAUCCCCGAGGCCAUGCACACUUGGCAGCCCUUGUGAGCCACGAUUCAUACAACUUCUCUCAUAGAAUAGAUCACUUGUCUUUUGGAGAGCUCAUUCCAGGAAUUAUUAAUCCUUUGGAUGGGACAGAAAAAAUUGCAUCAGAUCACAACCAGAUGUUCCAAUAUUUUAUCACAGUCGUGCCAACAAAACUCCAUACGUAUAAAAUUUCAGCAGAAACUCACCAGUUUUCCGUGACAGAAAGGGAAAGAGUGAUUAACCAUGCAGCUGGCAGCCAUGGGGUAUCCGGGAUAUUCAUGAAAUAUGACAUCAGUUCACUUAUGGUGACAGUAACAGAAGAACACAUGCCCUUUUGGCAGUUCAUAAUAAGACUCUGUGGUAUUAUUGGUGGAAUUUUCUCAACUACAGGCAUUUUACAUGGCAUUGGAAGAUUCAUAGUGGAAAUUAUCUGCUGUCGUUUCAAACUGGGCUCUCACAAACCUGUCCUACUUCCGGAUGGCCACAUAAACAACCACUUACCUCUAAUUACAGACAACAGUAUGCAUUAGCACCUCCUCGGGAAACUUUUUUUCUUUCUUUCUGCCUGAUACAGAAGACAAUUUUUAUAAUAAAGAAAACAUUGUGCAAUAUGUUGAGACAGUGCUCAUGGGAAGCAAAAAUCAAGCCUUUUAAAAAAACAGUCUGUGUAAUUUGUCUCUUUUAAGUGCACAUGGAGUCGAAGGAGGCCAGGAAGCCCCGUGAAGCCAACCUCUUCUUGAGCUAGCAGAAGCAUUACUGAAGAGAGACAAUAUUUGCAGUGAAACUGAGUGUCUUUGCAAAAACUGCCAUCAGCACUGAAGUGUCAGUGUAGUGAUCUGGAUUCCAGGCCUGUGAAGUCAGGCAAACACCUAUGAAAGCUAACACACAUGCAGAAUGCAGAGAGAGCCCCAUGCAGUGUUCAGCGUGCAGUACAGCAAGCAAGGGUGGCUGUGAUAAUUGUAGUUUAAGAAGCCAGGAUUUGCUGCUAGGUUUUCAGAAAUGGGACAUGAGAUUUUUUUUUUUUUAAAUGAGUAGGUAGAGAAGGCUUAGAUACUAUGCUGAUGGAGCUGGGGGGCACUAUUGAAAACCCUGAAAUAGAAGUGGUCUCAGGGACUGAGACAGAGGCAUAGCACUUUCAGCAGUCACUGCCAUUCUCCAGUAGCACCGUUAUCUAUCUACCAGAGGAAAAAGUGCUGCAGAGCAGGGAAUAUGGCUUUUCUCUGUGUCUCUCUUCUCACAGCCACUUUUUGCCAACAAUCCGAUUCUCUCCGAGUUUGAUCCAAGGAACCAGGAAUAGUAAGUCACUGUUGAAAAGGUGUUUGAGUACACAGAGUAUAGGCUGAUUUGUACUACCCUGAUUUUUGUAAAGCUAAUGCCUCUCUAAGCUGUGAGAAUUGUCCGGAAGAGUAUUAAAUAAAGAGUGGGAAGGGAAGAACCUG